CUUACGUACGCAUGCGUGUUAAGGGGAUGGGAAGUUUCGUGUCCUAAGUGGACCACCGGCUUGAAUCUGGCCUUGUCGCUGCUGGAGCCUGCUGGGGCGACGUUUCUCCUUUAAUAUAAGCCGAGAUGUCAGAAGCAGGCAAUGAUCCUGGGAACCCUGGCUGCAGCCGGCCUACACUCUCAGCUGCACGAGGGUUAAUAGGGAGGAGGACUACUGCCCCCAUUACCCCUGGCCGCCUGCCUUCCAUCCGCUCCCGAGAUCUUACCCUUGGUGGAGUGAAAAAGAAAACCUUUGCCCCUAAUAUAAUUAGCAGGAAGAUCAAAGAGGAGCCAAAAGAGGAUGUUUCCAUCAAGAAAGAGAAGAAGGAACGUGAUAGAGACCGACAGAGAGAUGGUCAUGGACGAGGACGAGGGAGGCCAGAGGUCAUCCAAUCUCACUCUAUCUUUGAACAAGGACCAGCUGAAAUGAUGAAGAAGAGAGGUACCUGGGAUAAGACUGUGGACAUGUCUGAUUUUGGCCCAUCCCACAUCAUCAACAUAAAGAAGGAGAAGAGGGAGACAGAUGAGGAGACAAAGCAGAUCCUGCGCAUGUUGGAGAAGGAUGAUUUCCUUGAUGACCCCGGCUUAAAAAAUGACAUCCGGAACAAGCCCGUUCAGCUGCCCCUGGCCCAUUCUGGCUGGCUUUUCAAGGAGGAGAGUGAUGAUCAAGAGGACGUGAAGCAUUUGAGCUCCAGCACCGAGGAGAUAAUGGAAAUGGACAUACCGUCAGUGAAAGUGAAAGAGGAGCCCCACGAUGAAGAAGAGCCCCCACCUGCUCGCAAACCAUCUCUUGCGAAGGCGCCCCCUCCCUUCCCCCAGGACGUGUCCAUGGCAGAGCUGCUGCAGAAGCUGAGCUUGUGCAAGGAAGAUGAGUUGCUGUUCUUGCAGCUGCCGGAUACACUGCCAGGGCAGUCUCCCACCCAGGAUACCAAGCCCAUCAAGACCGAGGUGCAAACUGAGGAUGGGCAGAUGAUGAUGAUAAAGCAAGAGAAGAGCCAGGAAGCUAAAGAAGCUGAGAACAUCUGCACCCUGGGGGACCUGUCAGAAGGGCAGGUGGGGAAGCUGCUGGUCCGCAAGUCAGGGAAGGUGCAACUCGUGCUGGGCAGGGUGACCCUUGAUGUGACCACAGGGACUCCCUGCUCCUUCCUUCAGGAGCUGGUGUCAGUGGGCAUUGGAGACAACAGGAGUGGUGAGAUGAUCGUCCUGGGCCAUGUGAAGCACAAGCUGGUCUGUGCCCCAGACUUUGAGUCCUUGCUGGAACACAAGCAUCGGUAAAAAAUGAGCCGUUGCAAAGUCUUCUGGCUCUUCCUGAGGGGGUCUUACAAACAGCAGUAUCUUUGGCUGCCCAGAAAUGCCUUCUUCCUGGACUGAUGGAUGAAGACUUUCCUAGAGAAGUCUGGCUGCACUGCAGUGAACUGGAACAGCAUGGCAUUCUAUUGCAUUUGGGCACCGAGAGCUGAAAAGCCUCUUGCAGGUGACACUCGUUAAGGGCAGUGGAAACCAAGGGCUGGUGCAAAGACCUAGCAGCUCUGGUUAGCAGGACCUUUACUUACAUGGUGCAAGACUUAAUGUUGGCACAAGCAAUCCCAAGAGCAAAAACCAGUGGGGGUAUUUGAGACUUGGAGCUGAGAUCGGCUGCUUGGUAGCUGUUUAAUGCAGAUGGAGGAGGAGUGGGCUGCCCCCAUUCCAAAUCCCUGUGUAAGCCCUUAGGGUGAGGCCUACUCCUUGUGCUUUCCUAAUGAGUCCUUGCAGCCGCACGCUGUAGCUGUAGCGAAGGAAGAUGAAGUGUUAGGUGUGUGGGCGUAUUCCCAAGAAGCAAAAACGACAUGGUCCCCCAAGCCAUUCUCAUGAUGUACUCCCUAAGUCUUGAAGCCUGAGUCAGAUUGGACAUUUGUGUUUCAAAAUUUAUUCCUAUAGCUUUUUCCCCCUCCUUUGAGCAGAGGCAAAACUUUUGUGCUUUUUAAAAAAGUCUGCUUUCCAGGCCUUGGGACUUUUGCAGUGCCCACGUAAUGUGUGGCAAAAACCACGCCAGGCUUCCUGGACGUAUUAUGAGAUGAUACAAAGAUAAGCCAGAGAGGGAGGAGUCGCCUUGCUUUUUGCUCCCGUCUGUCUGGAAUUGCUCAGCGCCAUCUUUGAUGGUGGGAAUGGUGACGAUGCAGACGACAACACUGGUCUAGGCUUAUUUUCCCUAUUUUUGUCCUACUGUCCAGGCAUCACGCAUGCAAAACAGAUUGUCUCUUCCAGCAGCUGGGAGAGGGGAGGGGUGCAUGCAGGAAAUUGUGCCAAAAUAAAUUUAUCACUAAUCAUCUCUUGGAGAUGAAAAAUUGUGCUUAUCUGCAGCCUGGUUUUGGUCGAGGGCUGCCUUGCUUUUCCAUUUUAGCCCAGUUUUUGUUGUGUGUUUUAAUCAUUGGGCAUGAUGACACCAAAGCUGUGGUUGGCUGGCUCCUUAUGGUACCCAGGAAAAGAAGACAGUCAGUGGUGCCAAAUGCUCAGGCUUUGGGUAUAUGGCAGAGCAACCACUGUGAUCUAUAGAUAGUUUUGAGGAUUUUUUUUUAAAUUCUGAGGGAUUUUUGAGGAAUCACAUGGAAACAGCGGAGUUUGUGACUAAAUAUGGGUAUGACUUAAAGCCAAUUCCUUAUUUAAGCACACUGUUCUUAAACAGGAGCAGUCUCAUCAAGCAAGACAAGGUGCUGGAGUAUCCACAGCCCAAAUCUCCAGCAUGUUUGUAUUACUAAAUAGCGCCAUCAGGUGUUCUCAUUUCGAUCUAGGUGCAAAGAGGGCUUACUUCUUCUCCACUAUGCUGUUUUCCUGACCUCAAUUGAUCCUCCUUGAAACUGCUGUUUGUCCCACUGAGGCAAAGCAAAUAGGAAUGUGGAGUGGGGGAAUCUGUUACGGAAAGGUUCAAUCCAUUGCUCUGCCAUACCAUGACUCACAUCUGAAAGGCUGCUAGUAGCAAUUUAAAAAUGUGUGAAAUCUCUUCACAGGGUUACUCUGAACAUUGUUUGAUUGGCCCAUGAUUGUUGCAGUGCAGGGGUAAAGUUGUUGGACUCUGCCAGGUGUCAAUAA